CUGCAUUUCAGACGUACCGAUACUGCUUCUGUUGACGUGGACGACCAGUACCGUGUGCCUAACGGUGGCGUCUACGAUAAUGCCACAGAGAGUUCGGGUGCGUGGCCGACAGUCAGCCCAGGGAAAGCACCACCACAGCCGCUCGCUCCUCCAAUAAUCCCUUCAUCGCCAUGUGCGGUGGAGCAGAAUGGAGACUACGAAUUUGCAGACGAGGAAGCGUCCAACGGUCUUUCAUUUAUCCAACCUUCAAAUUUUACAGCCUUCUCGAAAAGUAAUGUGUCCUCUCAGGCAGCCGCUCCUGCAAUGCUGCCUCCAUUGCCAGGCCUGGUGGCGCAGACAUAUGACUCGCCAAAAUGGCAAUGUCAAUUCGAAAUCCCCGCAAAACAGAGUGGAGUACCUUCUUUGGCCGCCGGGCCCACUUCACAACAGGUGAGUGUUGACGUACAGAAUGAACUGUUCGUGCCGCCUGGCCAGUCACGUCGCGGUAAGUGA